GUCAUUAUAUAUCUGUCAUUACAUAGCUGUGAUGUGUAAGAACCUCGAAAUCAGUCAACACAACAUUUAAUUUCGUGCAAUUAUCAAUUACAACGUUGAAUUGAAUUAAACCCAAACCAAAGUUAAAUUCAUCGUGUAAAAUGUGGGCCGAUACGUUAUUAAUAGUCUUUAUUUCCGUUUGUACGGCGCUUCUGGGCGAGGGUUUGACAUGGCUAAUGGUUUAUCGAACAGAAAAGUAUCAGAAAUUGAAGAAUGAAGUGGAAAAACAGAGCAAACGUCUUGAAAAACGUAAAGAAGCACAUGGGGAUUCACUAGACAAACAACACAAGAAAAAGAUUGAAAGAGAAGAAGAAAGACUAAAGAACAACAACAAAGAUCUAUCAUUUGUCAAAAUGAAGUCCAUGUUUGCAAUUGGUUUUGCUUUCACCGCGUUAUUGAGCAUGUUCAACAGCAUCUUUGAUGGCAGAGUUGUAGCACAGUUGCCAUUCACACCAAUCUCAUGGAUUCAAGGCCUGAGCCACAGGAACCUGCCUGGUGAAGACUACACAGAAUGUUCCUUCAUCUUCCUCUACAUCUUAUGCACAAUGUCCAUCAGACAAAACAUUCAGAAACUGCUUGGUUUUGCACCCUCAAGGGCUGCAAGCAAGCAAGGCAAUAGCUUAUUCGGCCCCAAUCCACAAUUCAAAUAAUUUAGUCAUUUUCAUAGUCACACAAUUAAAUUGUAAUUUAUUGUCAGGGAUUGUUUAUGAAUAUUUGUUAUUUGUGGAAUUUGGGUGCAAUUUGCUCAAUGCUUGAAGAUUUUUUAUGAAAUGAAUAGAUUUUUUGUUCUACCGAUAAAUUGUAACAAUAUAGUCUAACAUGCGUA